GAGAUCGGUCUGUCCUUGCUGAUUGUCAUGCUAAUUUCCACCAUCUUUGACUGGUGGCCGAGCUAGCUGUAGUAAGUACAUUACAUUACAUUACUGCAAUGAUGUAUAAUGCAAGAAAGUGUGCCUUGGGGUUUUUGCCUUCCUGAAACUAGUAAGAUUGGGGAAAUUAAGUUAACUAAUGUGGGGGGGAAAGCACUGUGAGUAAUUAUUUUCAAUGACUCAAAACAUCAACAAUAUGAUUAAUGUAGACAUAUUGGCCAAUCAAGAACAGUUUCAUGGAUCUGUAUUUCAUUUACCUGUCCAUUAGAAUUAACAUUAUAAUUUCCUUUAAGCAACUGCAUCACCACUCAGUGCUCAUAUUUUCCAUUUAAAGGACUGUGCAAUGUCCCCAGUCUUGUUUCCAGACCCAUUUUUAGUAAAUAUCUUGAACAUUUAUCAAAUUACUGAACCUAAUGUGGAGUAUUUUUCCCUGCACAUCUCAUAUUUUGAAAAUAUGAGAUGAGAUGUCUGAAGGAGAAUUUGGACAGGAUGCCACCCUACUUAGUUACUAGCAUUUUCCUUCAUAACAAUAAUGCUGAAUGGCUGAACAAAUAAAUGUAGCCGGCUGGCCAAGUCCAUGUUCCUCUCCAGGGAAAAGGAUUGGCUUAAAAUAAUAAAAUGGAAAAUAUACAUUUUGGAACUCCUGAAUUGCCUCUUUGUGCCUUGUAUUUUUAAUGCCAUGGAGCUGAUAACACACUUGGGUUAUUAAUAUUGGCAGAUAUAAUACUGGUUAAUUUGGCUGUAGCUGAAAGGAGAUAUUUCUGAAGACAGUUAAGAAUUCUCAGAGGGUGGGUUAACAACGGAGCCAUAGAUAUGUUUUUUUUUUCCACUUAGGAAUUUGGACUUCUUAAACAUUUUAUACUGAUAUAAAAAACUUAACAGAGGUCAUAGAGGUCAUAGAAACCCCUUGUUUAGAGAUUGUGCUUUUCAGAAGCUCCACUAUUCAGUGCUCUCAAGGCUGGACAAAGUUUGGUGGCCCCACCUGCUUACAGAUAUCUAUUAGUGCUCUGACAUCAUCCUUCUCUAAUGGAGCAGUCGGGGAACCUGCCUACAAUAUGUUUGUAUGGAUAAAUACAAUUGAUAAAACGGCAAAGCUCAUUGUGACAUUGAAUUUAAACUUUAAGCAAACAUCUUAAAAUAAAACUUUAGUCUCAUGCAAGUUUCCUCUAAUAUGAGUUGAGAUUUGUACGCCUCAUAUUAUAUGAUUUCCUGAAGCAUUUUCUCAUUCAGUUUGUGUCAGGCUGUAACUACAGGAGUAGCAGCCGGUGAGUUAAUUUCCCUCCUCAUUGUACUGGCUUCCUGGCAGAGAGGCAGUGGAGGGUCACUACUGAGAUGGUGUCAGCUCAGUGAGGAGAGGGGAAGGGGGGACAGCAUGGGGUUAAACAGGAUAGCGCCCCUCUCCCUUUCUCUCAGAAUGACAUCACCAGGUGAGUUAGAUCUGCUUAGAAAGAAGGAACAGGGGGAACACAUUAAGGAACAGAGCAAGCACAGGAAGAGGACCACCUCCUGUUAGCAAGAUCUGGCCAUUUCCUGUCUGUCAUGUGCCACUUAGAUGGUCAAAGAUCUAUUGUUUUCUUCAGAUUUGUUUAGGAGAGUAUUCCUACAUUUUUCAGGAUCCUCAUGCUUUAAAUGCUUUAAAUUGUUUAAAGUUGAUACAAUAUACAACAAGGAAUUUCUAACUCUAAGAACUAAGAAAAAUAUUUUGAGGAAAAAAGUUUGACAGUAUAGGGAUAAUCCCUAUGAUAUGAAAUCUGAAAUGGAGCUGCACCAGAUGUGUGGCAGAUGACAAUGUCCGAGUGCAGAUGCACACAAAUUGUCUGUGACAGAACAUAGUCUGCAGCAGCGGAAACAUUUAAAUACAAUGUAAUCGUAAAUGCUUUACACUUAUCAAUAAAAGCCACGUGUAGAGAGCUUUUUAUCAGCUGUAAAACGUCUAGAAUUGUUUUAUUUCUCACUGACAACAAGGCUAUAUAUAAGCAUAGAAGAUUUCGUGUCAUAAUUCACAAGAUAAUCUUUUUCUCUUUUCUAUAGGCUAAAGUAGCUACUAGCAAUAGCUCCGUAUAUAUUCCUCGUGCGCUAACAAUGCACAGUAACUGCGUCCCAAAACUGCUAUAAACUCCUGGAGGUAGUAGCUAUGCUUGAUAUUCUUAAUCCCCGGCAGCGAAAUCGAUGGACUGAACUAUUUGCGUUUUUAAAGGGGAUCUCAUGGAAGACCUCGCUACUUACAAGCAAAAAGUAACGAAAAAGUAGCCAAUACGACGCUGCAACAUAUGUAGCCUGUUAGUAUCAACAAUGCCGAUAUUAUGCAAUAGUACCUUGAUUGUAGUUAUAGACCUACAUGUUUUGGUAAUUUACAUAAAACAAACGCUUCCACCUUUCAUGACUUGUGGAACAUGCCCAAGCAGGGUUUUACAGCACGUUUAAUUGCCCAACAGAAGCGGAGGUAGCUGAAUUUACUGCGCGAUUUCGCCUUGAGGAUGUGGUCACGAAGGGACGGCAAGAAAAAUACAAAACGGAAAAAAUAAAACACUAGUAGGAAUACUAAUAUCUAACAGGAGAACCCUUACUUCUAACGCGCAAUUUGAUGUAAAAAAAAGAAAAGAAAAAAAGUUUAAUGUUUUCUUGAUUGCAUGUAGCCUAUUUGCUUUCUAGUUCUUUAGUUUGAAAAAUCCAGCGUGGCGAGGAAUAUGGGGAAUACACCGGGAAUGUGUUUACAUCGUAUUCAAGGAAGACAGGCAGUGAAGAAGCCACAUACCUCGUAGAUUUAUUUUGUCACAGAGGCAAUGUCUUUCUUUCCCUGGCUCAUGCCUGGUCGGAGACCCUGGCUGGUGUUGUUGCUGAUGUGGGAUUGCUGUGUGGCAGAGGAGCUGAAGCCCACCCGAUGGCCUCUCUUCUCCCAGAAGCCUGUGCUGCUGGCCUGGAACAUCCCAACUGAGGACUGCGGGCCACGCUUUCGCGUCUGGUUCAACCGGGAACAGUUUGAAAUUGUAGCAUCGCCCAAUGAAGGCUUUGUCAAGCAGAAUCUUACAAUUUUCUACAAAGACAGGCUUGGAAUGUACCCUUACUAUGAGAAAGAUGGCACUCCGGUGAAUGGUGGCCUUCCGCAGAUCGCCAGCCUCACCGCACACUUGAAGAAGAUGCCGGAGGGGGUGAAUAAGUACAUUCGGCAAUCAAAGGCCAAGGGUCUGGCUGUUAUUGACUGGGAGGAGUGGCGUCCCCUCUGGAUCCGCAACUGGGACACUAAGGAUAUCUACCGCAACCACUCCCGCCACCUCGUCGCCCAGAAGAACCCUGACUGGCCCCCAGAGAAGGUGGCCAAAGUGAGUCUGCAGGAGUUUGAGAUGUCCGCCAAGAAGUUCAUGUUGGAGACCCUGAGGCUGGCCAAAAGCCUGCGCUCUGAGCAACUGUGGGGUUUUUACCUGUUUCCAGACUGCUACAACCAUGACUACAAAAACAGCCUGGAGAACUACAUAGGGCGUUGCCCGGACGCCGAGGUGGCGCGGAACGACCACCUGACCUGGCUGUGGACCGAGAGCACGGCCCUGUACCCUUCCAUUUACAUGGGCAGUGUGCUCAGUAAUACCCUCUUUGGACGUCAGUUUGUCCGAAACAGGGUGAAGGAGGGCAUGCGGCUGGCGUUGGUGGGCGAUGGCCUAGCUCGCCCCGUUUUCGUCUACACCCGACCCACCUACGCCAAUGAGCUGACGGAACUGACAGAGAUGGACCUCAUCUCUACCAUUGGAGAGAGUGUGGCUCUGGGUGCGGCUGGCAUCAUCUUCUGGGGGGAUGCUGCCUUCACCAGCAACCAGACCAGCUGCAGCCGUCUGAAUGAGUACCUGCGCGGGCCCCUGGGCAGGUACCUGCUGAACAUCACCACGGCGGCGGAGCACUGCAGCCGUCUGCGCUGCAGUUCCCACGGCCGCUGCCUGCGGCAGCACCCCGACAGCGACACCUACCUGCACCUCAGCCCCCUCAGCCACACCAUCCAGAGCAAGGGCGACAAGCUGGAGGUCAAGGGUCAGCCCGACCCCAUCGAGAGGGCGCUCUACCUCAACAAGUUCCGCUGCCAGUGCUACAGCGGCUACAAGGACGAGUCCUGUGGCAGGAAGGACCCCGCACAGCAGAAAGGGGCUUCCCCCGGCCUCCAGGCCUGGCUGCCCACUGUCCUGCUGCCCCUGCUCUUACCCGUGCUCCUGCACUGACCCUGGGCAGGCCACGCAGAGACCGGCCUGUGAGCCCACACCCACAGUAAGGGUCUACACACAUACACAGAGGCAUGGGGUGGACAGCGAGAAGGCUAACUGUCCUUGGAAAAACACUCUGAUAACAGAGUAUCCAAACUGUCCAACAUGAGGAAGGUAAAAGGGGCAGUGUGGAGGACUGGAGAUUGUUUACACUCUUCUGGAGAGCUGGCGUGUGUACAGACCUCUCUCUGUGCUGACUGUAGACUUGGUUGACAAAAUAUUGAACCCUGUAAGGGAGGGAUCCUGACUGUAGAGUGGUUUUACUGUCCCCUCAGUUUCCGAUCUCUCCUCCAGCACAAUGAGAAAUUUGAACCCAUGCUUUUGUGUCCAGUUUGGAAGCACAGAGCAGGUCACCGAAGGAGCACCACGUUGCCUCAUUUAUAUUAAAGUUCAUCCAUUUUUAUUUUGGGUCUUUAGAUGGGAUGGUGCAAUUAUUCAACUUCAGACUAGGUUUGAGAUUGAAAAUAAAUUCCUUGUCAAUGCUGAGGAAUACUAUAGGGAUAUAGUAUGUAGUUCAUGAUUGCCUAGGGCUCUUGAGAUACCAUAAAAGUGUCAGGGUAAUGAACCAAAUUUCUACCUGUGUUUCUUCUCUGCUCCGAAGUGCUCCUUCUCUCAGGCCACCCACCCCCCCCCCCUUCUUCACUCAACCAUGACACUGCACAGUCAGUGUGUUACAUACUGCAAAGUGUGCAUCCGCAAAGUAUGCAUUUCCUGCCUUACUGUUAAUUCAGGGAUCUUCCUUGGACUAUUUUUAACUGUUAAAAAGGGUAUAAAUGACUGUCUUAUUCCUCAUUCUAUUUUACCUUCUUUUUUCCAGCUUUGGAUAUUUUGUUAUUUUCUGUGGGAAUAACUGGAAUACAGUAUUAUGUGACAUUGAUAUACUGUAUAUCUCCAUGUAUAUCACAAAUACUUUAGUUCCCCAUUGUUCACUCAGAGCAGCUCUGUAUUGCUGUAGGUGAAGAUUUUGUUUCCAUAACCUUUAUUCUUCAUGAAUUAUUGCAUUCACUUGAUCUGCCUCAUGGUGUGAUAAUGUUUUACUUGGGUAGAGAAAGUCAAAGUAUAAGAAUAAGGGACUGUGUUCUCUGGCAGCUGUAAAACAUGAAUAUCUUAUGAACUUGGGGCUGCCCAGCCAAAAAAACGGCAAGAAGGUUUUGAUCCUGUGUCUUCGGGGGAAUCUUUUGGUGUGUUUAUUAUUUUUUAAAUUCAUGGACAGAAAAUAUUUAUUCAGUAUUUGAAGACUAUCGCUGUUCAUUUUAGUGUGUGUUUUCUUGAAAAGCUCUGUGGUAUUAUUUCGGCUCCACCACCCCAUUUGAGAGCAUUCCUUUUCCAUCACUUUAUGAUAUUUUGUUUCAGCUUGUUCAACAUCUUUAUAUAAAAUCAGUUGACCUUUUUCUGCAGUCCUUAUUUCACCAUUUUGGAACUGGCAGUCUUGCCUUUAGAGCUGCGGUGUGUGUAAUCCAGCAAGGGCCAGUGGCAUGCAGUCUUUUAUUACAGUGGAUAGUGAAUCUAAAACCAAAGUUUGGACACUACUGGUCUCCACUCACCACUGUAGAUAUCCGCACAAGCAACCCUGCAGCUGAAGCACAUACUCUCCUCUGAGGCAAUGUCUCUGGUUUUUAAGGUGCCCGAAAGCCAGUGCCUGUUUUGCUCUCUGCAAGCCUCCAAUCAGGAGAGUCUUUGGCCUAAAAAUAACAUGUUGCAUUUGGGAACCUGGUACGUAGUUGGAAGGAACUAAAGUAAUGGUAACCCAAGGGACCCUGGGGACAUAAACCCAAUCUGCACUCAGUGGGACAAUGGCAACUGUGUACUGUGCCUGCACUGCAGACUUAACUAUCAUGGUGAAUGACAUGUGCAAUUAGACACUGUCCACACAGUAGGCAAACUGAGAUGUACUAUAACCUUUAGAAACAUGUUGGGGUUCCAUGCAAAAUCUGUUCAUUUACUGUGGGCAAAAUAAAUCUAAAAUGAAUAAGUAUGUUGCCUCAUAGUCAAACCAAACCCUUUAAAAUGGUCAAAGUUUCCUGGAACCAGCAGCUGUAAAAGCUGUAGAAAGAGCUAAAGAUAGAUUCUCUCUCACGUUCUUUUUAUUUAUGAUACCUUUUGCUUAUUGGAUUUCAUUGGAUAUACUAUAAAUAAAAGUCUGAUUUGCAUUUCUAAUUAAACAUUGAAUUUGAAGUUCA